AUGGAGAAUACUGCGGAGAAACCAAGCGACAACAAGGCCACCAUCGUCAAGAACACGGCUCAGCUCUCCAAGAUCCCACGUCAUAUCAGUUAUCCACUCAAGGAGGAGCAAGAGGAGGAACUACAACAGGCAAAUGCGGAGAACACUGCGGAGAAAUCAAGCGGCAACAAGGCCACCAUCGUCAAGAACACGGCUCAGCUCUCCAAGAUCCCACGUUAUAUCAGUCAUCCACUCAAGAAGGAGCAAGAGGAGGAACUACAACAGGCAAAUGCGGAGAACACUGCGGAGAAACCAAGCGGCAACAAGGCCACCAUCGUCAAGAACACGGCUCAGCUCUCCAAGAUCCCACGUCAUAUGCUCUCCACGGUUCCACAUCAAAUCAUCACUCAGCAAGCGGAGAACACCACUGCAACUUAG